CCCAGUUUGCAACCCAUUUAAAGAGGGAGCUACCGCCUGAUCACAGCCACUGGAACCCUCUCUCAGAACAGAAGCACCAAGUUCUCUCUCUUUCAUCUCCUACAGUUGCACCAUGUCUAAGAGAUUCAGUGCCUUCUCUGCUGCCCCCCAGGGAAACAGCGUUAGUUCUGUUAGAAUCAGCAAGACCUUUUCCUCAGGAGGAGGUGGAUCAGCAUUUGGAAGGCAAGGGGGUUUCAGCAGCUCUAGCCUGUCCAACCUGGGGUCAGUGAGGAAGAGCAAUGCCUACUCAGUAUCUAGCAGCAGGGCAGGCAUUGGUGGUGGCUCUGGUUUUGGUGGUGGGUAUGGUGGUGGAUCUGGAUUCAGUGGUGGAUCUGGAUUCGGUGGUGGGGUAGGUUUUGGAGGUGGCCACGCAGGAAUCCAAGAAGUCACCGUCAACCAGAGUCUGCUGGCCCCACUGAACCUGGAAUUUGACCAUCAGAUUCAGGAUGUCCGAAAGGAGGAGAGGGAGCAGAUCAAGACCCUGAACAACAAGUUUGCCUCUUUCAUUGAUAAGGUGAGCAAAAUGGAUAAGCAUAUACAAAAUUCCAUUGUAUUUCUUUAUUGGCAAUUAUUAUGCAACAGGAGAUAGGCAGUUAAUGCAAACAUUAUGCUUAUAGCCCUAAGAUUUAAAGACUGUAAAACGGAUACAGAUGUUGGGAAAAGUGACAAUGUGACUACAUGUUAAUUGUGUUACUUUGUUAAUGUAGUAAAGUGUUAGAACUUAAUGAAACCAGUAAUAUAAACGCUAUUGCUCAAAACGAACUUUGUAUUAACUGUUUAGAUAUCAAAUUAUAUAUCACUCUCACUAUACUGGAUGUACUUUGUAAAAAGGUUUUUCUCAUCUGCACAGUGUGUCCUUUAUUUCAUCCUUGUAAAGAUGUGCAAGUAACUGAAUUACAAGUUUUGACAAGUAGCCUUAAGGGAUACAAAUCAGGUGUGCACCUCUGUGACACUCAAAAUAAGUAUGCAUUCUAUUUACAUUUUUUUUUUUUUUUUUAAACUUGUAACAGGUUAGAUUCCUAGAACAGCAAAACAAGGUACUGGAAACAAAAUGGGAUCUCCUACAAAACCAGAAAUCUUCCAAAGCAGGUAGUAACAUUGGCCCCAUGUUUGAAGCUUACAUCAGCAACCUGAGAAGGCAGCUGGACUCACUGGGCAAUGACAAAAACAAACUGGAUGGUGAACUAAGGAACAUGCAAGACUCAGUCGAAGACUUCAAGAACAAGUAAGUCAUUCAAUGAUUAGCAAUGAUUAAUAAUCCAAAACUAUAGGAUCGAGUCUCCCAUUUUGUCUAGCGGCUCCCAGAAAUAAAUUGUGCAAAUAUUAGGAAGCCUUAACCCUCUGAGUGCCAGAGAAUUGUGCAACACGUUUGGGUGUGCAAAAUACAGUAUACCUCAUUGAUUAGAAGGACUAAUUGUACUUUGCUUCAUGGUUACUUUUUUAGAUACAUUCCCCCGUUGAAAAAUGUAAAAUGCUGGGAAAGAAAUUGGUAUAGAACUUCAAAUCAGUUGUAAUUUAAAAAAAAAAAAAUGUCACAAACAUGGGGCUGUGCCACACCCUUAUAGGAUAGGAGAAAUGCAAGGGAGGGGGGGGGGGGGGAAUUGCACAAAGACUUCAGUGGCCAACUUGACAGGAACUAAGGCAAACAAUGUAGAUAAACCAUGGGUGUGUCCCUUCCAGACAAGUCAAUAGCAGGUAAUCUAUACCAAGGGAAAGAGAGAGGUCCAGCACUGCGGGAACAAAAGGGGCUUGGCAGGGAUACAUAGCUAAGAUCACUUGAGCGAAACCAUUACUGUUUUUUUUUACCACAUUCACACCCACACAGUAAAACAAAACAUACAAACAAACAAAAAAAGUACAAUACUACACGUACAUAUAUAGGUCUUCAGGAUGGAUUAAAUGUAAUAUGAGCGUCCCCCUCACACAGUAUCCGAUAUACUUAUUAUUGUUCACAGUACGUACCUGCAUUUUUAGCAGAAUUCUACCAUGAACAUAAGUACACACAUGCAUAUAAUAAUAUCCCACGGGCACUGAUACCCAGAAAUAUAUAUAGUUCAUAAGGCAAAAAUCUUUUAUCAUUCAAUACCACCAGGUCCGCUGGUGGGUUUUUUAUUUUAGUGACAUAAUAUUAUUUAACCGCUUUAUUUGUAGUUUAUUUACUAAACCGUGAAUUGUGAUUUUUUUUUUAAAAUUGUUUUUAUCAAGGCUCAAAUAGUCAAUAUGGGCAUGUGGCUAAGUUGGACAAUUUUUUCCCCCAAGUCUGCACUUUUGCUCAGAAUUAGCAAAAUGGAUAAAUUAGCUAUGUAUUUUUUUUUUACUUAAUUGUUCCUAAACAGUUUCUUAACUGCAAAUACAAUAUUUAUACAAAAUAAAUGAUUCGCUAUACCUCUGGAUCAGUGAACAAUGCUAUUGCUUCUAGAGGUGCUACAGUUGUAUAGUAACCUAUGCUGGGUCAAACAGAGAUCAGAUCUAAACGCAACAGCUUCCACUUAGAUUGAUUUGAGUAAUGUCUAGUUCUGCUGGUUUCUGGAAAUAUUAAGGUUAUAUUACAGUCUAUUGCAGAUGUUGGUUCAUUAAAAUGAACACAAAAGAAGAGUGUGUGUUUAGGCAGGGAAAGAAAUACCUGUCGUCCUGCUUUCCGGAGGAGAUUAUACAACAAUGAAUAGAACGCAAGCACAGAUAGACUUUGUUUUGCACUGGAAAUCCUUCCUGCCAAAUACACUGACAAUGUCUUUCCAUUCUCCCUCCCUGCAGGUAUGAGGAUGAAAUCAACAAGCGCACUGGAGCUGAGAAUGAGUUCGUAGUCCUGAAGAAGGUGAGGUGUUUAUUAGAUUAAAUAUACUGUUAAUAUUAUUGUUAUUAUUUAGCAAUAGGGAAUGAGUGAUAGAACCCAGUGUAUAUUCUACACAUUCUCUAGAAUGUAUUCAUUAUGGUGAACCAUAAAUCUUAUUCAAACCUCCAUCUGUCCUAAAUUCAGUAGGACAGUCCCUAAUGCAAGCCCACCAUCACUGGUUUGUUUUCUGAUGUCCCACGUCUGGGAAUGCAUGAGGAAAAUCAAUUAUAAGUGCAGUGUGAGUGCAUAAUGAGAUGCAAUCUGACUGCACACAUCAAUCUUGGAACAUUUCUACUCAUCCAGAGCAUGUCAUAAACUCUCUGCACCUGUUUCACUCAGGGGAGUUGGAUAGCAUGAUGACCAGUCAGCCUGACACACCCCUUUCUUGGGAAGUCAUACACCUUACUUCAUCACCAUUUACACUCAUUUCAUAAUGACAGGGUCUCUACUGGACCACCAACCCUUUCUGUCCGUCUUUCAUUCAUCCAAACGGUGAAACAUUUUCUAAAUUAAAAAUUCAGGCUAAGAUAUGCUGUGACUAUGGCCAGGUUGAAUAAUUUUUCCAAAACAUCUACUUUGCCUACAUUUGGCAACUUAGUUUUAAAAUCACUCUAAUUCACUUUUCAAUGUACAAUACCCUGUAAUAUUAUACAUAUAAAUAUCCAUAGAAUAGCAGCACAAUUUGUAGAUUUAUAAUAAUUUAGGCACAGUCCCUUCCACUUUAAAAAAUAAAAAAAAUAAAAUAGUGGAUAUACAUAAAAAUACAGCACACAGAAGAGUGGGGGUAAUUUCCUAACAGUGAACACUUAACCAUAGAUACCAAUCGAAUGCUCUAUUUAUUUACAUGUUUAUUUAGAAGGUUUCUUUGUGUAACUUUUUUAAAAUUCUUACCCAUUGCACAUAUCAACUCAUUUUUAAUACUAACGUCAAUGGUUGCAAUAUUUGAAGUCAUUUUAAAGACCACAAACUGAGCUGUAGAGAGAUAAACAGCUAAUUUGUCAUUAUUCAAUUCUAACGUGAACGACAGCAUAAAGUCUAGUCAAUAAAGUAUAACACAGCUUCAUAUUUAUUGUGAAAACAAUGUAUGUAUAAAUGGCCUCUUUGCUCUUUCAUAGGAUGUCGAUGCUGCCUACAUGAACAAGGUGGAGCUGGAGGCUAAGGUGGAUGGUCUGACAGAUGAGAUCAACUUCUUGAGAGCUUUGUAUGAAGCAGUAAGUCACAUUUUUAUUCUGGAACAGAGCUCUUGUGUGGUAUAUGUAACUUACGACAGGUGCGAUAGGAGAGGCCUCAUAUUACAUGGUAUAUAUGCCAAAUAAACAAAUGCUAGAUUUGUGGAGUAUUCUUUAUUUAAAAAAACCCAAAACAUUGUAUUUGCAUAUUCCGCGCCCUGCUCUAAUGUUUAAAUACUCAUGUGCUCACAUUCAGGAUAAUUAGUGUCGUUGUAACCAAAUCAUACUUAAAUAUAUUGUUUCUUUGUAGGAAUUAAAUGAUUUGCAGGCAAAGAUCCAGGACACCUCAGUUGUCCUCUCCAUGGAUAACAACCGCGCUUUGGACCUAGAUGGCAUCAUUGCUGAAGUCAAGGCUCAGUAUGAAGAAAUUGCCAACAAGAGCCGUCUAGAGGCAGAAAAUACGUACCAGAGUAAGGUAAAUAUCAUCCUAGCACCGCAGAAAAUAAACAUGCUUUCGACUCUUUCUGAAUAAAUCUGCUGCCAGACAGGAUCCUCUCUGGUAAAUAACAUAAUCAAUUCGAAUCUGUACAUUAUCUGGACUGGAGGUGUCUGCUGGCUGCAUGUAAGUCACAUGCUUCCCCGUGGAAAGUCUUUCACUUGAUCCUGGAGUUGACAUUUUACUUAAAAAAUUAAAUAAAAAUAAUAAUAAUAUUUUUAGACUGACAUUUAUUUUAAGGCAUUAUGUAUGGUAAUUCAUCAAUUAAAUAAUUGUUAAAAAUCAUGUAUUAUUUUUGUCUCCUUUUACAGUUCCAGGAGCUGCAAGCCAGUGCAGGCAAACAUGGAGAUGAUCUACGCAACACAAAGGCCGAGAUCUCCGACCUGAAUCGUGCAAUCCAGAGGCUGCAGGCUGAGAUUGAAAAUGUUAAGGCCCAGGUACUAUUCUGUCUCAUUUUCCAUAGUUUACACUCCAUAUUAGUAGACCAAAGGGCAUUUAUCAUCUGUAAAUAGUUGCAAAUAAAUCUUGCAAAUCAAGUGAGCAGCUCUCUUAGCUCCAGGAAAAUGUGGAGGGGAUACAUUCAAAUUAGGCUGCUUCAUAUUGUUCUUGUACACCGAUUAAUUUUAACAAACUCAUUUGCGUAGAUUCCAUGCAUGGGAGUUCCACUUACAAAUUCUCAGAAUGUCCCAUUUCUGCUCCAAAAACUCAAUCUGUUAUGUAUUGGUAUAUUAGGUUUAACUUUUUGCCAGUUUAGUAAAGUACAAUAUCAUAUUAAUUACAUGCAAGACUGCAUUGGUGACAUAUUUCAGUAGCAUUCAACUAAAGCAUUGUAUUUAUAACAUGCAGCUCACAAGUGCUCACUAUUACUUAAUAUUACAUUUGACCGUAAUUAUGUUGAUAAAUAAUACAGUUUACUACUGAUGAAUACUUACAUUUAAACAGUGCAUUUAAAAUAUUACUACUUCUGCAUUGACUAAAUAAGAGAUCUUAUUUUUGACAAGUGAGCUUCCCACAAUGUUACUAUGACAAAAUACUUCCAUUUAUUAUAAAAGUUUAAGGCAGGUGCAACCACAAAUGAUUUAAUGUUGCCUGGAAGGAACAUACAGCAAGCGGCAACAUUGGGAUUACUUAUCAUUCAAUGUUUCCUUUGAACAAUCUGGUUUGAGGGCAGGGAGCGGAUGAAUGAAUCAUGGUGUGAUCAGCUGCCGCUUUUAAAUAAUGCAGGUGAUAAAACCUUCUAUCAACUUAGAAAGAGCAAGAAUUCUCUGUCUAUUUACAUCGUAUUGUGCUGUGCUGACAUUAGCAAAACAUUCUAUUGUGGACUAAUUUCCACAGGUCAAAGAAACUUUAACUUCUUCAUUUAAAACCAAUAACCGCAUAACUAACACAAUUCUGUUCUGUGUUUUUAAAGAGUCCAUAAAAAAUGUAGGCACUUAUUCCUCAAAAAAUGAAUUUUGGUUCAUCAACAACAAAACUUAAAUUUGUGUCAAAUCAAUUAAUCUCUUCUAUUAAACUUGAAACUUAAAUUAUAUCUAGAUAACUUUAUAACUCUGUAAAUUUAAAAUCCCUCCUAAAUGUAAAUUGCUUGAAGAGUCACAAAUAUUUUUAUCUAGGAUCCCAAAAUUAUUUUAAAAUAAUAAAAAUUAAACAAUGAUAAACUAUUAAAAUUUGGCACAAUUGCAAAGUGGAUCUUUUUUCUUGAUUGCACUCAUGGAAAUCAGCUAUACUUGUAUUAUCGAAACAAUGGAAAAUGCAUUUCUCUUCUUCUUUUCUCCUAGCGUGCCAAACUGGAAGCCCAGAUUGCUGAAGCUGAGGAGCGUGGUGAAUUGGCAUUGAAAGACGCCCGGGAGAAAUUGGCUGAAUUGGAAGGUGCUCUGCAGAAGGCCAAGCAGGACAUGGCUCGCCAGCUCAGAGAAUAUCAGGAAUUGAUGAAUGUGAAAUUGGCUUUGGAUAUUGAAAUUGCCACCUACAGGAAACUCUUGGAAGGAGAAGAAAGCAGGUAAAAUUUGGGAAACCUUUUCAUUAAUCCAAACGGUUCGGUCAACUUUUCAUCAUUUUGAGGUCAAUGAAAUGAGGAUCAAAAAUCUUUUGGUACAUAGGAAUAUUUUGUGAUUUGUUGUAAAGGACAAACAUCAUAAUCCUAGAAUUAAAUGUAGCAAUUUAAGAAAAAUGGCCCCGUUAUGACUUUGAGCAUAUUUGGUAAUAUAAUCAUUUGGGUGAAAUGGGUUAGUCAGUAAUUUUAGAUGUUAUAUUUUAGAAUUUCCCCAUCAUGGCAUUGGUGUUAAACCUUUUUUUUGUUUAUGUAAGAAACUACAUAGGAUAGCACAGACUUUUUAAAAAUAAUAAUCAGAUUGGCUUAGUUACCAUUCAUAGUAACUGGUCAUUAAUGUAGACAUAUCUGAUAUCCAUUUAUUUUCUUUUAUUUCAGACUUUCUGGUGAAAAUGUCAGCGCUGUCACUAUGUGUAAGUAUCAUACUUUCGUUGCUUGAUAUUGGACAUCAGUCUUUCAUGUGGAUGAUUUAAUAUAUAACAUAAUUUUUGUCUGUUUAUAAGAAAAACUAAUUUAACUUAUUUUGUACAGGGGAGAAACAAUGUGUUAAGUGCCUCAUAUUUCUAGAGUUAUUAUGAAAGGGUGUGUGUGUGUUGUCUUUUUGAUACGUUGCACAAAGCUAAGCUCUUUUAAUCUUCUGCAGCUGUGGUAAACUCCAGCUCUGGCGGUAGCGGCGGUAGCAGUGGAUUUGGUGGCUAUGGAGGUGUAUCAAGCAGUUAUGGCGGUGGAAGUGGAAGCUACGGAGGAGGAUCUGGCUAUGGCAGCUCUGUCAAAUACGGCAGUGGUGGAUCAUCCGGUGUGAAAUCUUAUUCCGUGACAACCACAUCAUCCAGCAGAAGUUCUAGAUACUAAGAAAUUCUCUUACCUACUGUUCAAUGACAGUUCUAGCUCUAACCAUGUCUCUUAGCAGUUGUUGUCUAUGUUAUAAACCUAACACAAAUAAAAAAAAAAUCUUUCAUUUGAGUGUUUUUGCCAUACCUAGACAUCAUAUGACCUGCCUAGUAAAUUGAUGUUGGCUUAGGUUUCAUUAUCACAAAAGUUCUUGAAGCUGUCCACAAAAAUCUUAGUUGCUGAUAACAGGUGCAUUUGACAUGUGCUUAGAUUCUGACAUUGUCAAAAAGCAGUGCUUCUCUCUCUCUGCUUGUCCUUGCAGUUUUCUCCUGUGCUUCUCCUUACUGCUCUUUAAAUGCAUGCUCUCCUUGAGCUUGUCACCAGUGGUCUUGGGAACGCCUAGUGGUGAUUGCAAGACAAAGCUUGGUGCCUUUUCUUACAUAUCAUGCCCCUAAAAUACCAUUGAAAAUGUAUCAUUAAAAACCUUUAGAGUCAUUUUAGUCAAUACACCACGGGGAUGUGCAGAUCCCAAAAAAACUAAAUUUAACAGUAUUUGUGGGUGGAAUUUUUAUAUUUGUAUUUUUCCUUGUUGCUAAGUGACUCUCAACAAUUGUAUAUAUCAAUAGAGAUAUAUGGUGCUAAUAUGACCCACCAGGAAAGAUCACAAAGUCUCUGACACUACUGAAUUUGCCAGGCAGCAAGUUAUUUUGGAAUUUUACGAACGCUUUUUACUAAAGUAGGUACCUGCAUCUAGAAACAACCCUCUGUAAGAAAGCAUUCUUUUUUGGUUUCCACUCUGUAAUAUUGUCUGUAUUAGUUGGUGGAAGUCUUCUGACUUUGUGAGAAGGGAUUGUAUGUUUGCUGUGAAAACAUAAAGCAUUUUAAAUAAAAUUCCUUCAAUCUAUUUGUUCUGUUUUAGUUUUGUAUUCAUC